AUGGCCUUUUACGAAGUGUACUCUCACCCGGCUGAGAUUCGGUACAAAACGAGUGUGUGUACAAAGGCCACUCUGUUCCUGGUUGUUGUUUUAUGCCUUACAUACAUCGCACCUCUGCUGGUUGCUUACAGGAGCCAAGGUUUCUGGAUUAAACAAAGCACUUAUGAAGAACAGCCAGUUGUGAGAUUCCAGUACCAGACUCUGCUGGUGGCAGCGACUGAUACUCAAGGACAUUAUGUCGCCUGGGGCACAUUCCCUCACCUUAACAACAUGCUCGGAGCUAACUUACGGAUCCCUACUGUCUCAGUGAGAGAAGAGGAUCUGAACAUGGAUGGGAAGUUGGACCUGUUGAUCUUCCAGCUGCAGCUUCCUCUGAAACCUGAUGAACAAGUUUACAGCGUUCAGCUGCUGCUCACCUUCAGCUACCAGCUCUUUCGGAUGUCCACAGUAGUGAUGCAGAGCCUGGCUUUUGUGCAGCACUCCUCUCCUGUUCCUGGAGCCAAGCUGUUCAUUAGUGGAGACCUGAGACUGCAGCAGAAGACUCCUCUGCCUCACCGGGGAUUGUACAACGUUUACAAUGUGUCUGUGAUCGAUGGCUCCAGCCCCUUCGCGAGUACGUACGACCUCAACAACAUUAUCAGGAGUUACCAGGAGAGAAACCUAACAACAGUCCUGUCCUGUCCGAUGCCAGUCUGGACAGUGGGACGAGCUUCUGGUUCUCCCUUUGAGCUGAAUGCUGAAAUCCGUUACCCGAUGGAGGUCAUCAGUUAUCGCCCCGGCUUCUGGGAAACUAUUAAGUUUGCCUGGAUACAGUACGUCAGCAUCCUCCUUAUCUUCCUGUGGGUCUUUGAACGCAUCCAGAGAUUUGUUUUCCAGAACCAGGUUCUAACAACCGUACCCAUACCUGUUGGAAAACCUCACUUGUCCUGAUGUUC